AUGGACAGCCGCACACCACAGGCGCAAGACCAGUCCAAGGACUUCAUGUCCUUCUUUCCUCCGGAUCUCGCGAUGGAGCAGCUGCAGGCGUCGACGGAGCAGUUCCAGUUCUCAUCUCCGCAACAGUCUGCGACCGCCGUCAACAUGGACCUUCUGGGCACGAUUGGCAGCAUGAUAAAUGAGCAGACCACUGCAGCUGCAUACAACCCUGGAAUGCUCAUUGAGCAACAGUACAAGGUGCAACAGCUACAGCAGCUACAGAGCCUGCAGAACCAGAUCUUCCAACAACAGGCAAGUGAUCAGUCAUGCCCACAUGGCCUCCUAAUCGUGUGCCAGAUUGCAAUCCUUUCAAGUUCGCCUAGUAGCCCUCUUCCGGUCGAAGCAGAGGGCAUGAGGGACAGAGGCGUACCAUUUCAUGGACUUCCUACCCCUGGCAACUCCACCGAACUUCGUGCCCAGACUUCCGUUGAAUAUGUCUCUCCCAUGAUUCUCGACUACAAUGACCCGUACGGCACGCCGCAACCACAGCAUCACUUGCCUUCCGCGCAAUACAAUGCACCACCGCGCGGAUCGACGUCCGCACCGGCUCACAUUGCGUUUCACACGAACCAGCCCGAACUGGACUUCGAUAUCUCCCCGCUAACGAGUCCGUGGCUCGGGGCGCAUCAACACCCUGUCAGGCACGAAGCGCCGCAAGGCAUUAAACGACGAGCGACAUCAAGCAGCGACGACGAAGGUGCCGGAAAGAGCAGUGAUCGGCCGUCACGCAAGAAGCAGUCGCCGGCCAUCCGCGCCACCAUCCCCAUUCCCAAGAAAGGGUCUCGGUCGAAAUCGGCGAGCUCCACUCCGCUACUACGAUCUACCCGGACUCGGAAGGAGAGCAUCUCGAUGCCAGGAGACACACCCUCGCCGGUCGAUCUGUCAAUGCCGCCUCCCGCUCCGCCAGAUUCGAUCGCGUUCGUGCAGCAGCAGGCGUCAACGUCCACACAAUCGUCGCCAGCGUUGAGGCCACAGCUGACACCGGUCACACCAGCGAGCAUCAUGAACCUCGGUCGAUUGGGCGUCGCGAGCAAUCUGGGCGGCAAGUCGAAGAAGUCACCUGUCACGGCGUCAUCACCCAAGAAUGCGCUGCCCGGGACAUCGACAUUGGGGGGUCCGGUCUCACGGCAAAUGACAGGAAUGCCUCCGCGCAAAACGUCGCACAAAGCGGCCGAACAAAAACGAAGGGACUCAUUGAAGACGACGUUUGACGAGCUGCGGACACUGCUGCCGCCCAUCGCGCUUCCGUCGGAUGUCGCUGACGAACCGGUGCUACCCGGUGCACUCCCACCACGAGGCCCGCCAAAAGCCGGAGCAGAGGGUCCAAAUAAAGGCGUGAGCAAACUGCAGCUGCUGAUCUGUGGGAACGACUAUAUUCGCACGCUGAGCGGUCGCGUGCAACGGCGCGACGACGAGAUUGCGAGUCUGCGACGAGAGGUCGGCUAUCUCCGAGGCGUUACACGCGGCGAGUUUGUGUCGAAUGGCGAGGUGGAGGAAAAUGAUCUGGAGCAUGACCUCGAUGCCUGCGAAUACGGAAUCAUGCUGGGUCGGAUGUCCAACACAGUGAUCGAGGAGGACGACGAAGACGAGGAGUGAGCGCAGAUCGGUACAUGCGUGUAUAUUCCCUGUAGUACAAAUAUCCUAACGAUAGAUACUCGAUGUACCAGGAAGUUCGGGAAGGGCACACUAUUGACUUUAUUACAUCACCAACCGGGCGGUGGGCCUUGCGGCGCGUGGUAGCCGCCCUGAGCACUGGGGAACGACGGCGUCCCGGACUCAUAGGUGUCAGCGCCUGGGAAUCCCGGCGCCGGACCGGGAAAUUGCGGUGCGGACGACGGAAACGAGGGUGCGCCGCCAUACUCAGGGAAUCCCGGCCCGGAGUUCGGGAAUGAUGGGGGACCGGCCGGAGGCGAGUACGACGGUGCAUAGCUGGGUGCAUAGCCUGAGGACGGCGGCGGGGGCAUGCUUGGUGCACUGUAAGAGUCGUGACGAGGGUAGGCGUUCUGGGGCGGAGGUGGUCCACCAGGUGCGUUGUAGUGGCCAUGAUGUUGUUGUUGGUGUUGAUGUUGCUGCGGGUGAUAGGGCUGCUCUGGUUGCUGAUAUUGCUGCUGCUGGUGAUAUUGGGGUUGUUGAGGUUGUCCCGGAAUCUCCCGGCCUAUGCCCUGCCCACCGAAUAUAUGCUGUGCUUGAGCCACGCCCGGAAUGUUUUGUGCGUAUCCCAUGAUAUCGCUCUGCACCUGGUGAGCCUGAUUGGAAGCAAAUGUUCCCUGUGCGGCAGAAGCUCCGCCUUCGCCAGCAUGCCGGAUAUUCUCAUGGUUCCGCACAGCAUUCUUGGUCAGGCGAUGCAUGAUGUCUUGUUUCCGGUGUCCUAGUCCGUCUGCCCAUGUCCGCAUGUACUGCAUCAUCUCACGCUGGAUCUGCGAGUGUGGGUUGUGGAAAUCUGGGUGGAACCUGUGCCGGAGUGUUGCACCACAUCCUCUUGCAACUGGUGCACGUUCACAGAAUUGUCGUCCCAUGCUUUGAUCACGAGCGUCACCGUGUGGAUCUUGGGCGAGUGGAUGCCCAGCAGGUUCAUUGAGAAUCAGGUU